CGAUGCUUGUAAAACCUGAACAACACUCACUAUUAAAAUACUCUCACCAAAUAAAAUUUGUUCAUUUUUCAUUACAAUUUAGCCUGUACAACUUAAAGGUUCCUAAUCGGACAGUGUUUUUUAGAUUAGAAAAGUUCAUUAUUACAUUAUGCAGAAAAUCGCUAUUUUUUUUAUAGCUUUCAUUAUUUUGAAAGUCUCUUUGGUCACACGAGGUCUACCACAUCCAGGCCCACAAGAUGCGCCAAAAAUACAAGAAAUGGUUGUAUUAAAAAAAGAAGAAUUUGAUGUUAUGCGCCAAAGGAAUGUACAAGGUAUACAAAAGACCGAGGAAAAAAAUUAUAUGAGUAUAACACCGGAGAUGCUCCAAAAGGAUUCAUAUGUUUGCGCCAAAUGUGGAAAAUCUUUAGGAAAAGAAUGCAUACACCGGUCCAAGCAAACUGCAAAUUUGUUGUGCUGCCUGGCGUGUGGCGCGUGUUUUAUUUGCGACGAAGGUUGCCAUAAUAAUUUUAAGCCAUAUUCGUACAAAGACGAUCUUUGUUUUACUGUUGGAGAAGAUGAUUGUUUGUAACAACGAGGCAAAAACAAAAUUGUCACGGCAAAAAAAAGUUUUUCAAAAAAAAUAAAGGAUCCAAAAGUGUCGUUGUCAAAUCCAGUUGCAUUACAUUCAACACAGAUAAUUCUUAUUAAAUUGUUUUAACUUUUACUAAACCAAAAUUAUAUAUUUCACUGAAUCAUAAUAAAAUUAUAAUA